UCCAAGCGUGAUAGGUCAGGACCAUCUCCUCUCUUUUUCCUGAUUGGCUAAUCGGCGAAGCCCGGUCUCCGGGUAAGAUGGCAGCGGACGGACGGUGCUCGCUCCCCGCUCCAUGGCGGCCGGUGACCCUCACCCACGUCGAAUAUCCCGCAGGUGAUCUUUCAGGCCAUCUCCUUGCCUACUUGAGCCUCAGCCCCAUCUUCGUUAUUGUUGGUUUUGUGACACUCAUCAUAUUCAAGCGGGAGCUUCACACUAUUUCUUUCCUGGGGGGUCUGGCACUCAACGAGGGGGUCAACUGGCUAAUAAAGAACAUUAUCCGGGAGCCCCGGCCCUGUGGAGAUACCCACUCCAUGGUGAACACCAAAUAUGGGAUGCCUUCCAGCCAUUCCCAGUUUAUGUGGUUCUUCUCAGUGUACUCCUUCCUUUUUCUUUAUUUAAGAAUGCAUCAAACAAACAACGCCAGAUUCUUGGACUUGUUAUGGAGACACGUGCUCUCUCUGGGCCUCGUGACAGUAGCCUUUCUCGUCUCAUAUAGUAGGGUGUACUUGUUGUACCACACCUGGAGCCAGGUUCUCUAUGGAGGGGUUGCAGGAAGCGUCAUGGCUGUCGCAUGGUUUGCCUUCACCCAGGAGAUCCUUACUCCACUGUUCCCCAGGAUAGCAGCCUGGCCCAUAUCUGAGUUCUUCUUAAUCCGAGACACAAGCCUCAUCCCCAAUGUGCUGUGGUUUGAGUAUACAGUCACCAGAGCAGAGGCCAGGUGGAAGCUGGGGCUAGGAUAAGGUCUUUAUGAAGAGGAAUCCAUGGAGUUGGGUUGGUUUGUCAGUGGUGCAAGGAGAGUCCAAACCAUUUGGAUGAUUUCACUUCCAUCUAUCUGCACUUUGUAAGGAAGAAACAAAACUUGAUGGACAUUUUAUUUUGAGUUCAGAAAGCAACCUACCUCUCCUCUUAGGGUGGUUGUAAAAUGGGGGGGAAGGAGGGGCUUAAGGCAGAGCACUUGGGGAAAUCAACUCUUUCUUUGAUUCCUAUCUCCUCUCUGCCAAUAACAGCCUAGUUUGGUGGAUGCUGUUUCUGACUAUUGUUCCCUGUAACACAGCUAUUUCCAUAUCUGGAAGAGUGAUAGCUCAGAGAAACAGUGCUUCUUCAUUGGUCUGGUGAUGACAUUUCUUUACAACAGUAAUCUCAUUCAAGGGCCUUCUCUGAUCCUUGUCCAUGCAAUGGGUUGUACCUUCUAUAAUGAAAGGACUUUAAAAAAAAAUGCUAUUUACAUUGUAGAUGGGGAAACCUGAGCUGUUUCACAGAUUUCCUUUUGUCUUGCCAUCAGGUAGCAAUUGCUGUUCAGUUCCUUUCAUCUCCUCCCACUUCCAGUAUCCCAACCACCUCUGAAUCCCCCCAUCCCCCCAAAAAACCAAAGGGAAGGACCAGAGCCGGGCUGGGUGAAUGACUGCCUUCCCUGCUGGGCUCAGAAUGCUUGUCUUUCCUUGAGAUUGACUCCAAAGGAGCUAGGCCUCAGCUCUCUCACAGGCAGAUACCACAGACUGGAGAUGUGCUAGCUGGCAAUGCCUUUGGUCAGACCAGGCCUUGGGAGGGACAAAAGAACUAGGAUGUCUUGGGAAAGUCAUCAUAAGGGUUAUUUUAUUUGUACUUGGGUCUGUUGUUUUAAAGUUGUUUUUAAAAGGAAUCAUGGAGGGGAAGAUGUGUCUGAAGCCCAGGGAAUAUCUAGAAUUGAACUGGAUGAUUUGGGAUAUGUCCAAAUCAUUGGAAAAGAAAAAACUGGUUUCCUGAGCUGCUGCUGCUGCUUCUGGAGCACGCCUUGGUGGUGCUUUUCUUUUCUUUCCUUUUGCAAAGACAGUAUCCACAAGCCAUUCCAGAUGUCAGGAAAAUGGGCUUAUUUCCAGGGAAUUUAGGUCAGCCCCCAUAUUCCCUUCCCUUUCCCAUUUUACUUUUUGGCCAGAGAUAAGCCAGAUGUCCGGUGGUUUGGAUUAAGACAAUAAAUACAAUUGUUUACUAUUGUUUUAAAAUAAAAUAUGGAAAAC